AUGCGAAUAUUAAUGUUGGGUCUAGAUGCAGCCGGGAAGACUACCAUUUUGUACAAGCUGAAGUUGGGCCAGUCCGUCACCACCAUUCCCACCGUAGGUUUCAACGUGGAAACCGUGACCUACAAGAAUGUCAAGUUCAAUGUGUGGGACGUUGGUGGCCAGGACAAGAUCCGUCCCCUCUGGCGGCACUAUUUAUACAGGCACGCACGGCAAGAGCUGCACCGCAUAAUUAAUGACCGAGAAAUGAGGGAUGCCAUCAUUCUCAUUUUCGCCAACAAACAGGACCUGGUGGAUGCCAUGAAGCCACAUGAAAUCCAGGAAAAGCUUGGACUAACUCGUAUCAGGGAUAGGAACUGGUACGUCCAACCGUCUUGUGCCAACACCGGAGAGGGACUCUAUGAGGGCCUCAUGUGGCUAACUUCAAACUACAAAUCUUAA